AUGCCAACAAAACGCAAAGGGGCUGAUUUGAACCGUAAUACAAGUAAAUCUCGAAGCUUGCGAAAUAGAAGAUCCGAAAGAACCGAAGAACAAAUCCAGCAACAAAAUACUGAUGCACGUGUCAGAAUGGCGCAAUUGCGUCAAGAAGAGUCAGAAGACACACGAGCUGAACGCAAUGAAGUAAUAAGAUUNUUAACUUCCUUUGAAAUCCAUCAACCCCCCCCCAUUUAAAAAAAAAUCGAGGACAAUGAAAAUUUAAGAAACCAGGCUGUAAUCACACGUACUAAUGAAAGUCAAGAGCAACGCAAUGAACGCCGUCGAGCUAAUGCAUUGAGACAGACUGGCCUGUCAACGAGUCACCGACACAUUAUAAAAUAAAACUAUUAUAAUUUUUAUUAUCACUAUUAUUUAAACUAUUCAAAUAUCACAAUAGAACACAUUUAGGCCGCCGCUGGUGGACUACCCACUUUCCACCUAUUUGUUUUCAUUCAAUUCUAACAUGGCCAUUCCAAAACCAAAAAUAAAUAUGGGUAAAAUAAUAAUAAUAAAAAUUGGCACGGGCAACGCCGGGCGCGGGACAACUAGUGUUAAUAUAAGUGUCUGUAUAAGUCUACCCGUCAGAACGAUUGUUUUUAACUUAAAAAAUUAAAAAGGACCUUCUUAUGCAUCAAUACUAGAAAAUAUUUUCUUUCAGAAAAAAUUAUAUACUUGAAAUGUUGAGAAAUAUGUCUGGUAUAAACUCAUAUUCAAGAAGACUGAAAUGAGGUAUUCAGUAUUUUAGGGACGAACAUAGAUAUAUUUUUUAUUCUUUUUUUAUUUUUGUGUUGAACUUGGUAACGUGAAUGCCACAUAAUAAUAUGAAGUCGUACUAUGAUUAUUGCUUCACAUGGAGAUUCCCCUGUCGGGAAGUCAUGGGUACAACAAAAUGGGAGACAGGGAUGACACUAGAAGACGAGGAAACAUGUCGAUUUGAUAAAGUGUUUCUACUGUUCCCUGGCAAAAUCCAGCGAAAUCACAGCCAAAAUAACGGGAUGUGGCAAUUCAACUGGGAUAGAGAUCCGGUUGUUGGCUUCUGGUUUUUUUCCAGUUCGCCGACGCCCGGUUUUUCAACCCAAACAAAAGUUUUUAAUGGUUUUUAAACGAAUUCUAAUUCGCCGACAACGAUGAUAAUAUUGGUAUAGCAAUUUACACAGCUACAAGGUCAAACCCUAGUAUUAACCAUCUAACAAACCAGCUAUGUUGUCGUUAUACCUAUUACAUGAUUAUUACCUACGGUAAAAUAGUAUUUUUUUUUUUUAUAUUCUAUAUUUGCAUUUUUUUUUCAUUUCAGAAGAAAACGAAAUUUAAUUACUUAUAUUAAUUCCAUUUCAUUGAGUAUGUCAAAUACCAUAUCCACUUAAAAUUUUUAUAUUAUUAUUGAAAGUAUGCAAAACAGUUUUUUUUUUUUUUUUUAUGUAUGUAUUUAUUAUUUUUUUUUACGAAAUAUAACGCAUACUGAUUUAUAAUACAUGGAAUAUAGAUAACAUGUAUUGUGUGUAUAUGUGUGUAGGUAAAUUAUUUCAUUAGUUUUACAAAGCCGAUGUGAAUAUACUGGUUGUUGACGAAUUGAGAGUCGGCAAAUUCGGAGUCAGCAAACUAGGAGUCGGCGAACCGGCGAAACCCACGGUGGCUUCUAGUCCGUUCUCCGCGGUGUCUCCUAUAGACGCGUCGAUUCAGCCCGACUAG